AUGAAUAAAAACUAUGAAAUGUACACUAAUAUUAAUAUGAGGAACACUUUUUACUCUGGAGUGGGCAUUGGAAUCUUAGCCAACACCAUGCUUCUUCUCUUCCAUGUUGCCAUGUUCGUUUGUGGGCACAGACCCAGACCCAGGCCCGCUGACCUGCCCAUUCGUCUCUUGGCCCUAGUUCACCUAGUGAUGACAGUGAUCACGGGCAUCAUCUCUACAGACAUUUUUGUGUCUCAAGGAGGAUGGGAUGACAUCACAUGUAGGUCUCUUCUCUACUUGUACAGAUCUUUGAGGGGCCUUUCCCUUUGUGUCACCUGCUUACUGAGCAUCCUUCAGGCCAUCACCCUCAGUCCCAAAAGCUCUCUUUUAGCAAAGUUGAAAAAUAUAUCCCCAAAGUACAAUUUAUGCUACUUUUUCUUCCUAUGUGCCUUCUAUACAUCCAUUGGUGGUCACCUCUUCGUAUCAAUUAUUGCCACCCGCAAUUUGACCUCAGCUAACCUCGUGUAUGUUACUGAAUCUUGCUCUUUUGUACUCAUGAGUUACUCCAUGCAACACACAUUUUCCAUUCUCUUGACCUUCAGGGAAGCCUUCCUUAUAGGUGUCAUGGCUCUGUCAACUGUGUACAUGGCCACUGUCUUGUGUAGACAUAAGAAACAGUCCAAACAUCUUCACAGCACCAGCUUUUCUCCAAAAGCAUCCCCAGAAAUCAGGGCCACCUGGGCCAUUCUGGUGCUCAUGAGUUUCUUUGUAGUCAUGUCCACUUUGGAUGGCAUAAUCUCCUAUAAAAGAACUAUGAUGAAAGAUUAUCCAAUAUUUUAUUGCAUCAAGCUUCUUGUGGCCCAUAGUUAUGCUGCAGUCAGUCCUUUGGUAUUCAUAAGUAUUGAUAAAGGUAUAAUUAACUUUUUAAGGCAUAUGUGUGGAAGGAAAGCAAAUAUUUGA